AUGAUCAAUGAGGACCUAUUGAUAGCUGAUAACAUUUUGCCCCUACAAUCGCAUUUCCUUCAGCAACACCUGCUUGAAAACCAGGCAGGUGAUUUUCCCAAACAGCGCCCCCCCUCACGGAGACUUCCCACCACUCUAACGGAGGAGAGUAGGGGUUUGCACAGAGCUUCAUGCCACGCUGAGGUGAAGACCCAUCGCCCCGAGGAGGACGAGGAGCAGUCGUCAGUCCUCCCCAGGCAUUGGGACCGGCUGGGGAAACUAGUGGACCAGGACUCGGAGGAGGAGGAGGAGGAGGAGCUGGAGCUGAUGGAAGGAAGAAGACACAGACAUAUAGGGGCUGAGGCCAAUUAUGAGAAUAGACAAUCCAAUAGGACUUCUGGCAGGGAGAAGAGGGAGAAUCUAGUAGGCAGGGGAUCGAGAGCACUGACCAGAAAUGAGGAUGCAGAGUUUGCCAUUGGCCUUUUAAUAGGAACAGUGGCUACAGCAGAUGUCUUACCAAGGAGAAAGGAGCGCUACAGAGAGGACCUGCAAGAGCAGAUAGCUGAACAGCAUAGGAACAAGAAGAGGGCUCCAGACUAA